GACGUGGAAUCCAAUUUGACUGGUGCCCUUUAUUUGCCACGUCAUCGUAAUCCCACAUCAGGUCAAUAUUUCGUAAAAAAAAUAUUGCAAGUAACAUGACUUAAUAUUUAAAAAAAAGAAAAACAGUAAUAUUUCAUCACUCUCAUCGUUUUCCCUAACCUGGUAUUGUUUCCUCUUCCACCAUUGCUGGCUGUUCAGGACCACCACUACUGUUGACUUUCAGCUACCACCUUCAUCUUCUGUUUGAAAAAAGCGCUGAAACCACCUGUGUUCAGUAUUCACGGACUCUCCGUUUUGGUUAAUCGUCAUUGUGAAGGGUCUAUGCUUACAAUUCCUGCAAGAGAAGACACCAAAUGCAGAACAAUCAAGAGAAGUACCACUUGGGACAACAAACACACAUGGCAGCAAAGGAGUGGAGCAGCAAGGACCACCAAAUUUGGAGAGGGUGCGUGGCAAUCUAUGGGAAGACUUGACUGUAAUGAGGAUAAAUGGAGAUGGGAAGGAUCCAAAAAGAUUUCCGAAAAGAAAAUUGUUGAGAAGGAAGAAGAGAGAGAGUUCCAGCCUCUCAAAAACUGCGAUUUCUUGGUUUGGUGAAAGCUUCAUCAAAUGAUAGUCUUUUUCUAUAUAGCAUCACAGCUCGUGGCGAUAUACUGUAGGAAAUGCUUAAAAAAUGAUGAGUUUUAUGCAUGUACUUGACGGGGUUGAACUGCAUCCACCAGUUUCUGAUGUUUCAUGCAAUGGUCUUGCUGCCAGGCUUGAAAAGUGCAGGAUGUUAAUUGAAAUUGCUGGAAAUUACUUAGAUGAAGGGGCAAAUCCUUUCCAUGGAGUUGAGGCGUGCAAUGAAGUUUUGGAAGGGCAUGGUAGUGAAAUUGGAUCCAUGAUGAAGCAUGAGCGUCUUUGCACACUUGCUGCCUUAUUGCUUAAGAUUGUUAUUGUUGGAGAUGAUUGUGCAUUGCCUCCACCUCAAGGCAUAGCUGGAUGAAGAGGUUUGGCAGGCCCUAUUCUUGUUCACAAGUUCUGAUUAUGCAUGUGGAGUUGGAAAGUCAGGGUACUGGAGCUAGCUGCUGCUGCUGCUGCUGGCCUUUCCCUUUCUUAAGUUACUCUGUUACUGCAGAAGCAAAACGUGCAUCUGAAAUGGUUGGGACAAUGGUUGUUGCCUUACCUGUUUUUACACUGCCUGGGCAGGUUUCAUCAUAUCGUCUGGGUUCUGGAAAAAUGGAACUUGGUCUUCAGAUUCAUUGCGAACCUGGCGCUGCUGUUGUGGACCUUAAACUUGUAGAUGUAGUUGUCUCUCAUGUGCUUAAGCAGAUAUUGUCAAGGCAUAGGUGCCCCUCUAUGGUACUGAUGAUUGUAGCAGGCAAAGCAGUCCCUAACUUGCAAUUGGAGCAUGGAUUGGCUGUCAAUAGAGUGUACACAGGAUUUGCUAUUUUUUGUUGUCUUUUCACUUUGUUGAAAAGAUGUUUCAUAUGAAUUGUUGGACUUCAAGAAUUAAUAUAAUUAUUAAUUUUCAUUUAAUAUAAAAA